CACUAAGGGCAGCAGAAGGCAUUUAAUGUCCACCUUAGAAGAAGAAUGACACUUUAAAAAUGUUGUCGCCUCGAUUUUAAAUACAUUUGUCGUUUUAUUUGUUUUUUAUUCAGCUUUCUUACCCACCAACCGGCUGAUAUGAUUAAUCUGAUUUGACAGAAAGUGUUCGUUUCAUGGAAAAUGCUGCGUUGAGCAGAGUAGCAGCUUCCCGCUGUUUCAGUGUUUGCGAGCGGCUGGAGCUAACUUAUUUAGCUAGCCGUGAUGUCCUCGCCAUGGAUAGGCGAGCAGGGACAGGUGGGUCCCUUGAGCAACCACAGCCGAGGACAGCUCCAGGAACUACUGCUGCGACAGAACGCCAUUCUCUCUAACAAUGUUGUUUGCAGGAGAUUAAUCGAGACCCUUCCCGACAAAGGAAAGAAGUUAAGGGACUUUGCAGAAAAGAUAAACCUCGCCAUUGAGCAACAUGAUGAAGAAGAGAGGAAGAAGAGUUUGGUGUCAGCAGCCAGAACAGAGUUUCAGUCCAAAUACCAACAAGCCUUCACCAUGCGACAAAGUGAGCUCACCACGUCACAACUGACUGAAGGGUCGCUUGUCUGCGUUCCUGCAGAGGAGGAAGACGACACUGCGAAUGAACUUGUCAGCAAAGAGGCUGCUGCUGAAACCAUGGAGAUAACUGCCUCUGGGGCCUCUCUGAUCUCUGUCCGGACAAAAGAGGCCGACCUUGCUGAGGCCUUGGACAGGGUCACAAUAUCUACUAGCACUGGUUUUAAUGGGAAAAACGAGGAAAAAAAGGACAAUUACUUUUUUAGGAAGCCGACCCAAAUGCCUCACAUUGUGACAGUCCUCCAAAGAACAGAGAACACGUCUCGCCCUCGUCAAAAAUUCAGACCAAACCAGCUGCCAAACAGAAGCGACAACUCUUCGUCUGGCUCCUCAUCACCCAGCCAGUCGUCCGAGGGGUCAUCGCCGCUCUCGGCGCAGGCCAGGAGAGAACGUGACAAGAAACACCUGGAUGACAUCACGGCAGCAAAGCUACCUCCUCUCCACCACAGUCCAGCCCAGCUUCUGUCUCUGCAAGAGUCAGCUGACCUUCUGAGAGCACAGACUAUGAAACAGCAGGAUCUGCAGGCCAAGAUGGCAGCACAAAAACUAUCAGAGGGAUUGAAGAUCUACAUGAGCAGCUACACUCCUGACAGCAGCCCUGUGGCGGCGUACAGGGAGGUUCAUGAUGAAGGAGCACAGCUCUCCUCAGAAGAAGACUGAUCCUGGAAGUCCGUGUGAUCUCUGAACCCUGAGGAAACGCUGGUAAUCGGCACCAAAUAGGAAGGGAUUUUACUCCCAGAGCGACAACUUUUGAGGACACUUUGCCUGAACAGUCCUUCAAAUUUAAAUGCCACAAACUUUAUCACAUAGUUGGUAUCAGGCAUUUCUUGCAUGGAUACUCUCAUGCUGUUGAUGCAGGUGCUGCAUUUGAAAUAUUUGAUCAAAUAUGACAUCCAACACAAACUGAACACCCAAUUCUUUAUACAUGUAACUAUCUAAAGAAAACAAGUCAUGGUUGAGAAAUUUUAGCAGCUAAAAGUCAUUUCAUGUCCAAGAUUUUGAUUUAUAUACAAACAAUGACAAAUAAAUGUAUUUCUAGU